CGGAACUCUACGCCUGACGUGAAGGAGGUGAGGAGAGAGACAGAGACAGAGAGCGACCAGGACUGGCUAUGACACAAAUCCCGGGAUCUGCCCCUGGGAUAAAGAGGACGAGAGGCAGGAAGUUGGACAGAGGAUCUGAGCUGCGGAUCCUGGAGAGGUAUCUCGAGGCAACAAGAGCAGGAUGAAGCCAUUGUGCGUGUUGCCCGAGGUCCUCCUGCUCUGCAGCCUCCUCCUGCCGGCCUGCCCUUUGAACCCAAGUGACCCGAACGUGUGCAGCCGCUGGGAAAGCUAUUCAGUCACCAAGCAGGAGGCUUUACUGACGCCACAUGAUGAGCCCUACGAGGAGGACUGCGACGACCCCAGGAGCCGCUUCAGGUGCACCAGACACAAGAUCAGCUACCGCGUGACGUACCGCAUGGGGGUGCAGACCGAGUAUCGCAAGCGAGCGCACUGCUGCCCCGGAUACUACGAGAGUCGGGGUCUCUGCGUGCCGUGCUCUGACCUGUUGUGGGGACCGAACUGUAGCCAGAGGUGUGAGUGUCGGAAUGGCGGGCAGUGUGACCCCCUAACUGGCCGUUGUUCCUGCACCCCUGGCUACACUGGCCUGGUGUGUGAAGGACCCUGCCGCCCGGGGACCUAUGGGCAGGGCUGCUCGAGGCAGUGCCGGUGUCAGAACGGGGCACGGUGCGACCCGGUCACUGGAGCCUGCGACUGCGUCAACGGGACGACCGGCGGACUCUGUGAGCACCACUGCCCAGAAUUGGAAGGUGAGAGGAAGUGCGGCCCUCCGUGUCUGUGUCAAAAUGGUGGCAGCUGUCAGCCUGGGGGAGGCCCGUGCCUCUGUCCCGCAGGCUGGACGGGAGCGGUAUGCACUCUGCCCUGUCCCCGUGAUCGGUUCGGGGUGAACUGCAGCCAACACUGUCACUGCCACAAUGGUGGGGAGUGCGAUCCCAUCACCGGGAAAUGCAGCUGUGCUGUCGGCUACACCGGAGUGAGGUGCCAGGAAGACUGCCCCUUCGGGAGGUACGGCCCGAACUGCUCGCACACCUGCGACUGCCUGAACCAGGCCAAGUGCAUGCCCGAUGGUGCCUGCCUGUGCGAGUCAGGGUACCAGGGCGGGCGCUGCGAGUCGCGGCUCUGCCAGGAUUGGCUCUUUGGCCACCAGUGCGACCGGCAGUGCGCCUGCCACCUCACGCACACUCAGAGCUGCCACCCGAUGUCAGGGGAGUGUAGCUGCCAGCCGGGCUGGUCAGGCCCCCAGUGCAACCAGAGCUGUCCCCAGGGCACGUAUGGAGCCGGCUGCCUGUCCCGGUGCCUGUGCCUGAAUGGGGGGAGCUGCCUGCCGGAGAGCGGCCGCUGCCUCUGUGCUCCGGGCUUCACGGACAAACACUGCUCCGCCCUGUGCCCGGCCUGGAGUUAUGGUCUGAACUGUGCUUCCCGAUGCCAGUGUGUGAAUGCCAUCUUCUGUUCGGCCAUCGAUGGUUCCUGCCAGUGUGAAACAGGGUGGACAGGCCCAGACUGCAGUGUCUCAUGUCCAGACGGCCAGUGGGGGCCGGGCUGUAACAGCACGUGCCAGUGUGCCAAUGGAGCCCGUUGUAAUCGCUUUAACGGCACCUGCACCUGCCUCCCAGGCUGGCAGGGCCGACUGUGUGACCAACCCUGCCCGGAACAUCGGUAUGGACAGGACUGCAGUGGGUACUGUGACUGUGAACAGGCACUGUGGUGCCACCCUAGCACAGGGAAGUGUCACUGUGCCCCAGGAUGGACAGGUCGCCGUUGUGAUUGGCCCUGUGCCCUGGGACGCUGGGGCCAGAACUGUGCCUUGUGGUGUCGCUGCCCGAACGGGGUUCCCCACUGCCACCCGGAGAAUGGGACCUGUCUGUGCCCCUCGGGGUACAUGGGCCCAAGCUGUGAACACUCCUGCCCACCUGGCUCCUGGGGCCCUGACUGUAUUCACCGGUGUGCCUGUGAGAAUGGGGGGGCCUGUCUCCCAUCGACGGGCAGCUGCCAGUGUGCCCAGGGUUGGACUGGCACCGACUGCACUCAGAGGAACGGAUCGACAGGAAUUUCCCCAGCUCCCCCUGCGGACGGGGGCUCACUCGGGGCGAUUACAGGCAUCAUUGUCCUUCUCUCUGUGCUAGUCAUCCUGCUUGCAGCCUUCAUCUGCUUCCGGUACAAGUACAGGGGCAAAAGCAACCGGAUACCCGCCGUGACCUACACCCCAGCUACCAGCAUCUCCAACGGGGAAUACGCAGUUCCAGACGUGCCACAUAGCUAUGUCCAUUAUUAUGCCAACCCCAGCUAUCACACGCUUUCCCAGUAUCGACCGAGUCCCCCGCCUGUGCCUCAGCUCCCCAACAACCACGACAGGACCAGCUCCAUCAAGACCACCAACAACCAACUCUUUGCCAAGAAAAUGAACGAGGAGAGGGACCAUGUGGGAGCGGGGCACUUGGAGACCAACGCCACCUUGCCAGCUGACUGGAAACAUAGCCCCAAACACAAGGACUUCGGUGCCUGUGGCAUGGACAGAAGUUACAGCUACAGCAACAGUCUGGCGAAAUACUAUAACACAGAUUACCUCAAGAGCUCGGUGGGCCGGUCCAGCAGCGGGUCGCUGAGCAGCGGCGAGAAUCCGUACGCCACCAUCCGAGACCUGCCCUCGCUCGCAGCUAAACCCUCCGAGAGCAGCUACGUGGAGAUGGCGUCGACGGGAAUCGGUCAGGACCCUUCGUACGUCGAGAUCGGCCUGGUCCCCGAAACUGACAAGGAGGAGGCCAACGGAGUUUCAGGGGGACCCCCCCAGGGAGCAGACAGGGAAACUGGUCAGGGCCCCCGGCUCCCUCCAGGACAUUACGCCUCCCCGAAGAACAGCCACAUCCCUGUACACUAUGACCUUCCCCCAGUCCGGCACUACCCGCCAUUACCCCGGCAACACCGCUAGGCCUGGGGCCCACUCCCAUGGCGCCGGUCUCCCUCCUAUUGGUCCCCAGCCCAUGGGUAGGGCACUCCCAUUGGCACUCGGGCCUCUCUGCUCCCCCAGAUGAUGUAAAAAAACAGUUCCUGUUUGGUUUCUCCUCCUCUUGUUCUAGCCAUUAAUGGUCCCAAUUGGGCAGCCCAGCGCUCCCCUUGCUGAUUACCAUGGAGAUCAUGACAGCCCCCUUCCCUCUCCUCCCAAUGGGGUGAGGGAAGAACAAGGAAUGAAGGUGGGACCCAGAGAUACAUCGUCCACACAGGACAAUAAGGGCCCACACAGGGCAACACAGACUCCAGGUGAACGUAGGGAAACAUAGUCCACACAGACAAACACAGACCCCAGGGCAACACAGGCCACACAGGCCCAAGGAGAACACAGGGAAACGUAGGCACCCACAGGGAAAUGCAGGCCACAAAGCAGAGCACAGACCAACAGAAACAAAGGCCAGAAGGAAAUGCAAACUAUGCCAAAGUAGGCCACAAGCAUCGAAUUGCUGAAGAAGGGCUCAUGCCCGAAACAUCAACUCUCCUGCUCCUUGGAUGCUGCCUGACCUGCACUUUUCCAGCAACGCAUUUUCAACACAAGCAUCAAACACUGAGAACCAGGGUGUAAAAUAACACAAGCAACAAGAAAACACAGAUGAUCAGCAAUGCAGGUGGGAAAGAACCAAUCAGAUUCUUGCCAACGAGGGACUGUACAAGAACGUAACGUGUGCACAUCAUGAGAGGGUCAGACAUGUUUCAGAUCCUGGUGAGCAAUCUGUGAAGAGGAAUGAGGCGGCUAGGUCAUUGGAUGACAUUUAUUGAUUAGGCCUUUCCAUCUUCACAUCCUUUUGAUUUAGCUGGGAACAGCUGCCCACACUAUGUCAACGUAAAUACACCCCCACCCCUCCACCCCAAGAUCAGUAGACGCUGCCUUCCUGUCAAUGGAGAUCCGAUCAGGUCCUGACCCAAAACAUCGACUUUCCUGCUCCUCAGAGGCAGUCUGAACUGCUGUGCCUUUCCAGAUCCACAUUUUAUCGACUAAGUUCCAGUAUCUGCAGUCCUCGCCAUCUCCAGGAAAACAACAUAAUGGAUGCCACCCAUUGACCCAAUGUCAUUAGAAUGGACACGAGUCCAAUUAUACACGUCGGAGGGUCGGCGCUGUCGGGUAGUCGUGUCCAUAACCUUGUAUCAUUUAAUCACUGCUGAUGCUUCAUAAUGUGAAUAUUCAGUCACUAUAUUAGUGAUUUGUUUUGUUAAAUUCUGUGCUUUCUGUUCACAAUCAAGGGACUUGAAA